AUGCAUCUCAGCAGGUUCGGGCUGGUCGCCCUUGGGGCAGCUGCAGUCGAUGCCUUCCGGGACACUUCACCCUUUUUCCUCGCCUCGACCUCUGAGGUCUUGACGAACUCUGCAUACAUUAAGACUGGCACGUCGCUACUUAAGGACCUCUCCUCUUCGUUGAGCACCUGCCCGUCUGACUAUUAUGUCAUUGUCAACCAACCUGGUGUGCAUAGCUCCGACUUCGCGGCCCGCAGGUCGGCACCCCGCCUAGGCGCGAAGAUGCUCGGCAAGGACAAGUCGAUUCGCUCCAAAAUGAGUGUGGACGAGGUCACUGGCUUGCUUGAUACCACCGAGAUCAAGUCUGUUCUCACUGAGAAGUGCAAGGCGCAGACUACUGCCAUUGACGGUUCCUCGGGAGAAUAUCCCAUCUCUUUCGAAUCGGGCCCUCGCAUUGUCGACAUCAGAUUCCCCGUGCUCUCCUUGGGCGCGGAUCGUGCCGAUCAGCUCUCCGGCAAUGAUGGCCUUAUCGCCGAUAUACUUGAGCGCAUUCCUUCCGACGCCACGUAUACUCUCCUCUACGCGACCUCGCCUCGCGAGUUCCCGGAGACCGACUCCGUCGUCUACGAAUCCAAUGACGGCUCGUACCAAGAGUCACUCCACAUGGAACUCAAGCGCGACUACUCCUCCAAGCCCUCUACUAUCUCCAGGCCCGAUCGCCAACAGUCUUUGUUCGAUGAGUACCAGUACUUCACACCUGGUAUCUUCAUGGGCUUUCUGGCUUCUUUCAUCUGCAUUGUGAUUUUGUAUGUUGGAAUCAGCGCUCUGAGCGGCCUUCAGAUUCCCUAUUCUGCUUUUGAGAGGGACACGUCUGCUGCUAUUAAAAAACAGCAGUAA